CGCGGAGCAGCGGAACCGAUUGGCGGAAGCAGGCGCUGGUCCAUCUAGGUUACCUUCUCGCUUUUCCGUCCGAGAUUCAUUCGCGAACAGGGGCAAAUUCGAAGGUUUUGAUCUUCUGUUGUCGCGGCUACGAACAUGUAUCGCGCUGCCAUUUCCAACCUCAGAGUUCUCAAGCAACAUGGACAAGGGAACCGGGUUUUUCGAGCUUCUGAGAGAUUUGCAAGUACAGAAGUAGAAAAAAGGUCCUCAAGUGGCUUCUUUAGCUGGCUUACUGGUGAAAAGUCUAAUCAGCUCCCCCCUCUAGAUUACCCACUGCCAGUUGUUGCACUACCGCCUCAUCUUCCUGAUUAUGUGGAGCCUGGCAAGACAAAGAUCACAACCCUUCCAAAUGGCUUUAAAAUUGCCUCAGAAACUUCUCCAAGUCCAGCUGCUUCAGUAGGACUGUAUGUUGACUGUGGAUCAGUGUAUGAAUCACCAAAUUCCUUUGGAGUUACACACUUGCUGGAACGUUUGGCCUUCAAGAGCACAACUAACAGGAGCCAUCUGCGCAUUGUGCGUGAAGUCGAAGCAAUUGGAGGAAAUGUCAGUGCUUCGGCUUCCCGGGAACAAAUGGGAUAUACUUAUGAUGCUUUAAAAACAUUCAUGCCAGAAAUGGUUGAGGUGCUCAUUGAUAGUGUCAGAAAUCCUGUUUUCCUUGAAUGGGAGGUUAAUGAACAGGUAAAGAGAGUAAAGUCAGAAAUAGCAGAAGCUUCCAACAACCCACAGGGUCUGCUUUUGGAGGCUAUACACUCUGCCGGAUAUAGUGGUGCAUUGGCGAUUCCUCUUUUGGCUUCUGAAUCAUCCUUGAAUUAUUUAAAUAGCAGUGCUCUGGAACAAUUUGUUGCUGAAAACUAUACUGCUCCAAGAAUGGUACUUGCAGCAUCCGGUGUGGAACAUGAGGAAUUAGUUAAACUUGCUGAACCACUUCUAUCUGAUCUUCCCAAGGUUCAUCAACCAGAGGAGCCAAAAUCUGUUUAUGUAGGAGGGGAUUAUCGUUGUCAAGCUGAUUCUGCGAGUACACAUCUGGCUCUUGCUUUUGAAGUUCCUGGUGGCUGGCAUAAGGAAAAGGAUGCCAUGGCUGUAACAGUGCUUCAGAUGCUUAUGGGAGGUGGUGGCUCUUUCUCCGCUGGAGGCCCUGGAAAGGGAAUGUACUCUCGUCUAUAUCUCCGUGUGUUAAAUGAAUUUCAACAGAUUCAGUCGUUCUCAGCUUUCAACAGUAUCUACAAUAAUACUGGCAUUUUUGGAAUCCAUGCAACAACUAGUUCAGAUUUCGUUUCAAAAGCUGUAGACUUAGCAGCCCGGGAAUUGCUAGCUGUUGCGACUCCUGGACAAGUUAGUCAAAUUGAAUUAGAUCGUGCUAAACAGGCAACUAAGUCGGCAGUUUUGAUGAACCUGGAGUCCAGGAUGGUAGCAUCAGAAGACAUUGGGCGGCAGAUUUUGACAUAUGGAGAAAGGAAGCCGAUCGAGCAUUUCCUUAAAGCUGUUGAUGAGGUUACAGUCAAAGACAUCGCCUCUCUUUCUGAAAAGAUAAUUUCCUCGCCACUCACAAUGGCCUCCUGGGGAGAUGUUAUCCAUGUGCCCAGCUAUGAAUCAGUGAGCCGAAGAUUCAAUUUCAAAUGAAAAUUACUCAUAAAAAAAAUCAAAUGGUGUUCUCCUCAACCAUUUUGCAUAUUUGGAGCUGCCUAUUUAUAGCCCUGCUUCUGAAUUGGUCUCUACUCAAUGAAAUAUUUCCUGGAAGAAAAAGGUAUGGCUUUUCUGCAAGUAAAUUCAAAUUAGUUGAAGAACAUUUGUUAUUUCAUUGUUGUUUAUUUUGUAAGCCAGAAUCAUUUGUUAUUUUUUCCCUUAUUUGCUGUGCAUCAGAAGCUGGUUCAGCUACAAAACUAGAAUUUUGCUCGGUUAAGCUUUUCAUUUCCUUCAAACAUU